AUGACCUGCUCUGUCCUCACUGUCUCCUCUGUCCUCACUGUCUCCUCUGUCCUCACUGUCCUCACUGUCUCCUCUGUCCUCACUGUCCCCGCUGUCCUCACUGUCUCCUCUGUCCUCGCUGUCCCCUCUGUCCUCACUGUCUCCUCUGUCCUCACUCCGGCAUUACCUCAGGAACCAAUCCAAAACCAGUCUGCUGGAGUACAUUCAGGACAAUCUCAAGCUGAAUUAUCAACAAUGGAACCAAAGGUGUUCAAUGACCCUGUCCAUGGUCACAUGGAGUUCCAUCCUAUUCUGGUCAAAAUCAUAGACACGCCUCACUUUCAAAGACUUCGAUACAUCAAACAGCUGGGAGGAGCAUAUUUUGUUUACCCUGGAGCAUCCCACAACCGAUUUGAACACUCACUUGGAACAGCCCACUUAGCUGGGCAGCUCGUGCAAAGUUUAAAAAGGAAUCAACCAGAACUUGAUAUUGAUGACAGAGACAUUCUUUGUGUUGAAAUUGCCGGCCUCUGCCAUGAUCUGGGACAUGGGCCUUUUUCUCACAUGUUUGAUGGAAUGUUCAUUCCUAAAUCUAAACAUAGACCUGGCUGGAAACAUGAGACGGCCUCGAUUGAGAUGUUUGAUGAUAUUGUUAAGUACUUAGAAAAAAACAAUUAUGACCUGAAGUUAGAGUUGUCGAAACUGUGUGAGAGCAAUGAGAAUGAUGACAUCAUGUUUAUUAAGGAGAUGAUUGAUGGACCAAAUAAACAGGAACAUUUCGAGGGCCGCCCACCAAACAAGUAUUUCCUCUAUGAGAUAAUCUCGAAUAAAAGAAACAGCAUUGAUGUGGACAAGUUUGACUACUUUGCCAGAGAUUGUCAUCAUCUUGGACUAAAAAAUUGCUUUGACUACACACGCUACAUCAAGUUUGCUAAAGUUUUUGAGGUGGACGGUCAACAGCAGAUCUGCACGAGAGACAAGGAAAUGUCCAAUGUUUAUGAAAUGUUCCAUACAAGGAGUUCUCUCCACAGAAAGGCCUACCAGCACAAAACCAACAAGAUCAUUGAGGUGAUGAUUACUGACGCCUUACUCAAAGCAGAUAGAGACCUUACCCCAGAGGGUGAAAAUCCAGAACAUAAAUGCCUGAUUUCCAGAGCUAUUGACAAGAUGGAUGAUUACCUCAAGCUCACAGACGAUAUCUUUGAAAAGAUAUGUUAUUCCACUGACCCUGAACUGAAGGAUGCUCGAGAAAUUCUACAGAACAUUCUAUCUCGAAAACUGUACAAAUAUCUAGGAAAGGUUAAAAUUACAGAUGAGCUUUUUGCAGAGACAGAAGAACAAUGGAAAACUGAACUGGCACAACGGUCCACAUAUCGAGGGGAGACCCCACUGACUGAAGAUGAUUUUGAAAUUAUUAUCAGCUGUUUUGACUUUGGUAAGAAAGGACAAAACCCAAUGGAAAGCCUGUAUGUCUAUGAUAAGUUCAACAAUGUAUUCAAGAUUCCCAGUGAGCAGGUAUCUCAGUUUCUCCUGCCAAAUAAGUUUUCAGAGAAAUGGAUCAAUGUCUACUACAAAAACAUGAACAAUGUCAAUGUCGCUCAAAGAAAUUUCCAUGAAUGGUGCCGCAGGAAGAACCUAUAUCUUCCUCAGAUAUGUCGGAGAUCCGCGCGACUGGCAGGCGUUCCACAACCAAAGGUGUUCAAUGACCCUAUCCAUGGUCACAUGGAGUUCCAUCCUACUCUGGUCAAGAUCAUAGACACUCCAGAGUUCCAAAGACUUCGAUUCAUCAAACAGCUGGGAGCAGCUUAUUUUGUUUACCCCGGAGCAUCUCACAACAGAUUUGAACACUCUCUUGGUGUGGCCUACUUAGCCGGACAGUUCUUGAAAAGACUACAAAAGGAACACCUGUCUAUUAGUGACAAAGACAUACUUUGUGUGGAAAUUGCAGGUCUUUGCCUAGAUAUUGGACGGGCACCUUUUUCUGCUGAUGUAAGGUUGGACCCAAAGAAUAGAAACCAGUCUGUUGUCCUUUUUCGAACACUUGAGAAGAACCUGGACCUGAAUAUGGAUGAGAUGGACAAGACAUUCAUUGAAGAGAUGAUAAUUGGAGAGGGGCCACAGAACAGUCGCCCGGGGAAACGCUUCCUCUAUGAUAUCCUGACCAACCGAAAAAAUGGAGUCGGUGUGAAGCUCUUUGACUCUGUGGCCAGAGACUGCUAUAAUAUGGGCCUCAAGACUAAUUUUAACCAUCACCGAUUUAUCAAAUUUACCAAAGUUCUCGAGGUCAAUGGCGAAAAUCAGAUCUGCAUCAGAGACAAGGUGAUAGGCAAUCUGUUUGACUUGUGGCACACCGUUGUGGCUCUUCAUAGCAAAGCCUACCAGCACAGAGUGACCAUGACGAUCCAAAACAUGAUCCCAGUGGAAAAUGAAGUUGAGACAGACAACCUGCUGUUUGAGAGACAUGAAGACAUAAUGGAGAGAAUCCACUCAAGGGACCUCGACUAUUUCAAACAUGAGCCAAUGGCAAGACCCCCAAACUUUUCAACCCAAGAUGACACCAACCCCAUCAAAGUCAUGCAUUUCUAUGAUAGGUUGGGAGCCAUUGUGUCCCAGGAGCAAGUUGAUGAAAAGAUUAAAAAUCUAAAAGAGAUUUACAUCAUGCCAUGA